AUGACGAAAAGAGUCUUUCUCCUCCUCUUCUGUUGCUUAAUGAGAUCUUCCGUAUCAAAGAACAAAAUUCAGGAUCAUCUUUAUAGAGGUUCGUUUCUCUCCGUAGAUGAUGAUUCACACUUCAUAACCUCCCCUGACAACACUUUUACCUGCGGCUUCUAUGGCUUUCAAACCAAUGCUUACUGGUUUGCAAUCUGGUAUACAAACUCCAAAGAACGUACUGUGGUUUGGACUGCAAACAGCAACAAACCUGUCAAUGGCCAUGGCUCAAAGUUGACACUUGAAACAAAUGGUGCCAUGGUUUUGACGGAUGUAGAUGGCGCGUUUGUGUGGGAGACCAACCCAACGUCCAUGGAUGUAGAUAGAGCAGUGCUUCUUAAUACAGGUAAUCUAGUACUCAUGAACAACAAAGAUCAGAUUCUUUGGCAAAGCUUUGACUAUCCAACUGAUACUCUUUUGCCUUCUCAAUUAUUAACAAGGAGCAAAAGCUUGAUAUCUGCUUUCGGAAAAGAAAGUUUUCAACCUGGGUAUUUUAGUUUGAGCUAUGGUAGUAAUAACGUUUUAACAAUGUUUUACGAUGGCCCAGAAAUAUCAAGUGUCUACUGGCCUAGUCCUGAUCCAAGUUUUAAUGUUUGGGCCUAUGGAAGAACCCCUUUUAACAAUACCAGAUACGCAUUCUUUAACGAUCUCGGUGUGUUUAACUCAAGCGAUGGGUUGCAAUUUAAUUCUUCAGAUAUGGGUUUUGGGAUCAGAAGGAGGCUCACCAUCGACUAUGAUGGUAAUCUCAGAUUUUAUAGCUUGAAUGAGUCGACAGGAUUAUGGUCGAUCUCGUGGCAAGCUAUAUCACAACCAUGUAAUAUUCAUGGAAUCUGUGGGAGAAACGGGGUGUGUGUUUAUGGAGACAAACCUGAAUGUUCAUGUCCACCUCACUAUGAAUGGAGUGACCCUAAUUAUUUAGGUCAAGGUUGUAAGCCUACUUUCAACGAUACAUGUGGAAAGUCAGCAACGUUUGGAUUUGUGCCGAUGCAGCAUACCGAUUACUAUGGCUUUGAUCUAAAUUUCUCAUCGGGCAUUUCGUUUGAAUCGUGUAGAGACAUCUGCUUGGGUGAUUGUCGUUGUGAAGCAUUUGGUUAUAGGCUAACAGGUGAAGGUACAUGCUAUGUAAAAAGCGACCUUUUUAAUGGAUACCAGUAUCCUAAUUUCCCAGCAACCAUGUACUUCAAAGUACCAAUAGGCAUGGAAGCUCCGGAAUCUGCCUCAAUCCUUAAUGGUUCAAAGGCGAUAUGUACAGAUGUCCCAGUCAUGGUGGGUUCUCCAUCUAUGUAUAAAUCACCUGCUGGAAAGGUGAAAUGGGUUUAUCUUUACUCGUUUGCUAUAGCUAUUGGUUUGGUUGAAGCUUUGGUCAUCUUAUUGGGCUGGUGGAUAUUUUAUGGAAACAACGCAUUGGUAAACAGCCUAGAAGAAGGGUAUCGUAUGAUAUCUAGUCAAUUUAGAGGGUUUAGUUAUAAAGAGCUGUUGAAGGCGACACAUAACUUUAAGGAGGAGAUAGGCCGAGGAGGAUCAGGAGUUGUGUAUAAAGGGAUUCUGGAAGAUGAAAGGGUGGUGGCUGUGAAAAGAUUGGGAGAUGUGAGCGAAGAAGGUGGAGAGUUUUGGGCAGAAGUGAGCACAAUCGGUAAAAUCAAUCACAUGAAUCUAGUGAGAAUGUGGGGAUUCUGCUCUCAGAGAAAACACAAACUUCUAGUAUAUGAGUUUGUAGAAAAUCAAUCUCUUGACAAAAGAUUGUUCUCCUCGAGUUUUCUUCAAUGGAAAGAAAGGUUCAAAGUUGCCAUAGGCGUAGCAAAAGGUUUGGCUUAUUUACACCAUGAGUGCCUAGAAUGGGUGAUUCAUUGUGAUGUUAAGCCAGAAAACAUUCUUUUAGAUGAGUCGUUCGAACCAAAGAUUGCAGAUUUUGGUUUGGCAAAGUUGACUCAAAGAGGUGGUCAAAACUCGGAGUUUACUAGGAUCAGAGGAACAAAAGGAUAUAUGGCUCCAGAAUGGGCUAGCAACCUUCCUAUUACAGCAAAAGUUGAUGUGUACAGCUAUGGGGUUGUGGUUUUAGAAAUGGCAAGGGGAAUUCGACUUUCUAAUAUUGUUGUUCAGGAAGGGGAAGAGGAAGAAACCGAGCUUAUGAGGUUUGUAAGGGUAGCGAAAACGAAGCUUCAAGGGGAAGAAAUGGAGUCAUGGAUUGAAGAGAUAAUUGAUUCGAGGUUGGGAGGAUUGUUCAGUAUGAAGCAAGCUUCAAAACUUGUUGAGAUUGGUGUAAGUUGUGUGGAGGAAGACAGGAAUAAAAGGCCUACAAUGGAUUCAGUAGUCCAAGUUCUAAUUGAUUGCGAGCCUGAGUAG